AUGGAUACAACUACUAAUUUAAAUUCGCCUACUGACGAUGGAAUAUAUGCAUCUGAUGAUGAUGGUGGUCUUUUUCUUGGAAUUGAUAGUGAUGAUGAAUUAAAUAUUGAAAAAAAGCUACGUGUCGAAGAUUUACGUCUUCUUCGUCAACGUUUUAAUCCUACAAUAGCAGAGAGUGUUCAUAUUUCAACUAAAAUAAAUGAUACAACACUUAUUUCAUUAAAUAAAGAAGAAUUUAUUGAAGCAUUUGAGUCUAUAUUGGACCCAACUCAUUAUGGACAACUAGUAGAGAAAUUAUUUGAUAAAUUGAAUUCAAAAGAAACAGGAUUAAUUAAUUGGAAUGAUUUUUGUACUUAUAUGCUUCAAUUUUAUCAAGAAGAAGAUUUUGAAAAUACUCCUCAUAUAUCACCAUUUCAUAGUGAACCGAGAAUUCGUCAUGUACUUCAUAAUAAACAAGAAUUAACAGCAAAAAUUCUUCAUCUGGAAAAUCCAGUUAAAUUUAUUAAUAUAAGUAAAGAAGGUUAUUUAGGAUUAUGGACAACAAAUUUAAAUCUAGAAAAAACAUAUUCAGCUGUUGAUGAAUUUGAUGAUGGAACAAAUAAUAAUGCUAGUGGUAUUGGACAAGGUCGUCGUCGAGCUGGAAUGUGGGUAACUGAUGCAAUUUAUAUGACCGAUGCACAUAAAUUGGCACUUGUAUCAACUAGUCGAGAUCUACGUUUUUUUACUAUUUCAAGUGAAACAUUUCUCGAAGAAUUUGCUUUAUUUGGUGCAAAAAAUGUACCAACUUGUCUAGAUUAUUAUCCAAGUCAUACAAAUGGAAAUAGUGAAUCAGCUUUGAUGUUUGGUGAUGAUUGUGGUUUAAUACAUAUAUUAUAUUUUAAAAAUCCAGUCAAUGCUUUAUUUGAUCCACUAAGACGUAAAACUGAUCCAUCGAAAGCUGAUAAAGCAACUAACAAUACUGUUCAACGUAUUUUUUGGGAUGAACUGAUAGAUCAUGAAAAAUAUGUAAGAUAUUUUUGUAUGGGUGCUAUCCAUCGAGAAUAUGUUCGAAAAAUACUUUAUAUACCACAUAAUAAUUCAAUUAUUGCAUCGAGUGGGGAUCAUCGUAAUUCCUUAAUUAUUACAAAUGUCAAUAAGUUGAAGAAACCAUAUGUCUUUCGAUUAUAUAAAGGUUGCGAAUGUUUCGAUUAUAGUAAAGAAUUGAAUAUGCUAAUAACUGGUGGUGCUGAUUAUCUUGCACGUAUUUGGAAUCCUUAUGUAACACAAAAAAAUAUGGCCAUUUUGGAAGGACAUCAUGCAGCAGUAGUUGAUAUUAAAAUAAAUUCACGUCUAGUACAAUGUUAUACAUUUAGUAAAGAUGCAGUUAUAAAAGCUUGGGAUUUAAAAGAAUAUUCUUGUCUUCAAACAAUUCCAGUACGAUUUCCGAGUACAUUAGGUGGUAAAACACCAAGUUUUGGUCCAUUUCCAACUGAUUUAUUUUUAAAUACGUCAACAAGCAAUGCUGAAACAAGUUUACCCGGUGGUUUAGUUGUAGCAUGUAAUGAUUAUAUGUGUUUUAUGAAAUUAGGAAAAGAUGGUGUUAGAGAAGGAAGUUUUACUGAAACUCAUGCUGCACCAAUUAGUUGUGCUGUAUAUAAUCCUAAACUUAGACAAUUAAUAACAUGUGCAGAUAAUUCAAGUAUGGGUGCAUGGGAUAUUGAAUCAGGUCGUAAAGCUUUUUUUAUUCUUGAUGCACAUGAUGGAGAAGAAAUAACAUGUGUUUCUAUUGAUCGACUAUGUCGUAAAAUUGGAACAGGAGCUCGAAAUGGAGUUAUUAAAAUUUGGAAUAGUGUGAAUGGUUCAAAUCUGCAUGUAUUACCAAGCGUUGAAGAUGCAGAAAUUACUGGAAUACUUUUUUCAGAUAAAGGUGUUAUUACAGUUGGAUGGUCAAGAAAAAUUGUUAAAUAUCCUGAUAUUAUAUCUGAAGAUAGAGUUGAUGAUCAAAAAAACGGAGUUGAGCUUGUUUUACCAAAAGCUGAUUUAUCAUGGCGUGGCUCACAAAUACAUCGUGAUGAUAUAUUAUGUAUGGAAAAUUUAUUACCAAUAAGUAAUAUAAUGUGUACAGCAUCAUAUGAUGGUGAAAUUAAUGUGUGGAGUAUUGAUACAGAAAAAUUAAUUAUAUGUUUACGUAAAGCACCAAAAGCAAGCGUUCAUCGUUCGACAACGAAUCCUCAUCGAUCAUCAGCCCGUCGUACGAAACGACAUACUCCAGUACCAGUUGAUAAACUUCUCUUUCUUCGAUAUCGGGCUAAAGAAAAUAUGAAAUUUGGUGUCUUAUUGUCAAGUGAAGCUGGAAAAAUAUAUUGUUGGUCACUUUAUGGUGAACGUAAAGAUAUGGGAAUGUUUCAUGGUUCAUCACAAGCAGGUGAAUCUAUUUUAGCAAUGUGUACUGAUGCAACAAAUAAUUCUUUAAUUUGUGGUGAUACACAUGGCAAAAUUCAUAUAUGGAAUAUAGAAAAUUAUUGUUGCUCAACAACAUCACCUAUUCAAUUUGAUUCAACACCACCACCACUUAUAUAUUCAUGGCAAGCACAUUUAUCACCAAUUAUUUUUUGUGAAUGGACAGAUCAUAAAGGAGAGAGAGAUUUUAUUUUAACUGGUUCAACUGAUCAUACAACACGUUUAUGGACAAUGAAUGGAGAACAAAUUGGAAUAUUUGGACAAAGAUAUCAAUGGGAUAUUGAUUUAUUUCUUACAUCAAGAAUACAAACUUAUCGAGAAAAAAGUGCGAAAAAAACUGAUCAUAAUGACAAUGAAGUAAAAUUAACAAUAGGUGAAAAAACAGAUCAAAUAUUAGUAGAUGAAGUCACAUUUGUUAAUAAUGACGAACAAGAAAAUCUCGAAUCAUUAUCUGUUCUUAAUCUCAAUGAUCAUAGUCAAAUAUUUAAAUCAGCUUCAACUGCAUUCGAAAAUUCAUCAUUAUUAUGGCGUGAACAUACUGGACUUGGCAUAUCAAUUGAACGAGGUUUAACUCAACAAAAAAUAACACGACGAGAACGACGUCAUCGUUUUAAUAACAUUGAUGGGCGUCAUCUAGUUAAAGGUGGUGUUUGUGUAACACCAUAUGCUUUACUUUUUACACAAGAUAUUGAUGAUACGGUAUCAAAUCAAAAUCAUCAUUAUUCUUCAACAAAACAGCCAAUUAUUGAAGAUUUACUAUUAAUCAAUAAAGAUGAAUUGCCAUCAACAAUAAGUGCACCAUCUAAAAGUCGUCUUAUUCUUCCACCAAUAAUGCCACGUCAACAAACAUCAUCGUCAUUUGGAACUAAUGUAACACUAACACCAUUUGAUAAUGAAACAAAUAAUCGAUUUGCCUUACCAUCAAGACAAACGACAUUUAUGAAAUCGAUCUCAGAAAUUAUAUAA